AUGCUUCUUGACUUUUUUUCGUUUUUGGCAAAUGCCGCCCAAACCCAUACUUCCUUGGUGAUCUGGCUGUUAUGUGGUGUGACCAUCAUCUACUAUUUGAUCAUAUAUCCCUUUUUCUUAUCGCCGCUUCGCAACAUUCCAGGUCCGUACCACUAUCGGGUAACCAAGCUUUUUGCACUCAAUGGCCAACGUCGUCAGCAAUGGAUCAUGACGGUACACCAGCUUCAUCAGAAGUAUGGAAAUGUGGUUGUUUUGUCGCCGAGGGAAAUUAGUGUCAAUGGAGACUUGGUAUAUCUUCGGGACAUUUAUACCAAGAAUUUUCCAAAAGACCGAUUUUAUGAAAAUUUCAGAAAUCACGGUUUCAAAGAUAAUAUUUUUGCAUCGUUGGAAAACGAUCGACACAAAAACUACAAAAAGAUCUUGCAAGGCUUGUACACGAAAUCGGCAAUUUUAUCCGACCGCAAUUCUACCAAAGAUUUGUUGAACGAUAAGGUUAAUCUUCUCAUGGACCAAAUUUACAAUUCUUCCGUUACCGCGAAAAACCCCGAUCUUAUCAACGCCAAGUGUCUCCACAAUGAGCAUGGAGUGGGUGUAGCCUCCACUUGGUACGAAAAGACCAAACAAAAAGGAAUUGAAGUGUACUCGCUCUUUGGAGCGUUAGCCAUGGAUGUGGUUUCGGGAUUUGAAUUGGGUCCUGAAAACGGUACAAGUCUUUUAAGUACACCCAAGGAUAGGUAUAUCAUUGCCAUGUUUCGAAGAGUGGCCAGUAUGGGGUUCUGGACAACACUUAUGCCGCAAUUGUGGAAUUUCGCAGCCACCGGCACUAUCUUGGCCGCGCAACAGGCGGUGGAAAAAUGGCAACUUUCGGCGUAUACCAAAGCAGAGAAAAAUGUUCCUAAAGUAACGACUUCACUCAAUACCCUAAAUGCUGCUGGUUUAUUCAAAGAAUCGGCAUAUUCGUUCUUAACAGACAACAUUUUUGCCGGCCACGAAACCACGGCUAUUCAACUCACUUAUCUCACUUACGAAUUGUCGCGGCCGGUUCAUCGUGAAAACCAGCACAAAUUUCGCCAGGAACUCUACAAUACGUUUGGGAAACCUCACGAUAUUAAUGACAGGAUCACCGAUUUGGACAAGGUAGAUAAACUAGUUUACUUGGAUGCUCUCAUGAAUGAAAAUUCAAGAGUUCAUACUUCGAUUCCCGGUGCUGAGCCCCGAGUAACCCCCGAACCUUACCCAAUUAACCUCGAAGACGGUACCAAAGUCAUCGUUCCCAAGGGUACUACCAUUUCUGUACAACCUUAUCUGAUCCACAGACAAGAAUCGGUGUUUCCCGAACCUGAAAAAUGGGUUCCAGAAAGAUGGCUCCAGCAACCAAAUGAGUCGAUCGAGGAAUUUCACUGCCGUAUUAAGGCGCAGCAUAAGUGGAUGAUGCCGUUUGGAAAAGGCAUACGCAUGUGCCUCGGCAUGAACUUGGCGGUUUUAGAAAUGAAACUUGCAUUAGCAAACAUUUACUGGCAUUUCGAAUCGAAAAUAUGUGAAGAUUGGUGCGAAAUCGAUUGCAACGAUAACCAUAUUAAAAUGGAUUCCGAACCCAAAAAUCGCAAAAAAGACUAUGAGAUGAUGACCAUGAUGGAUACAUACACCACCAGACCUCUCUAUGACGAAUGUUGGUUGAGUUGGUCCAUACCUGAAAAUUCCUGA